AUGUCCCCACCGGGUAUAAAUCGACCAAUCAGCAGUAUCAUUGGAUGUUCAUUGUGCAAAGGUGAUUCUAAUCAGCAGCACCGUUCAGUUAUUGAUGAGUUUAGCAUACUUCCUCAUCGUCCAUUAUUUAUCUCGAGCUCUUUUUUUAUAAGUUGGCUCUCGCAAGAUGAUCAGAGGGCUGGCCUGCUGCGGAAUGUGACAAGCGUACAAGUGUUUUGCUGAAAAAUCCAAAAACUUUUAUUUUUGUUUGGAGAGGAUUGAGCAAAAAGCGGUGUUGCAGAGAGGUUGUUUGGACAGCUGUCAUGUUGGAACUGUGAUAAUGAUGAUGAUGGAAAACAACGACACGUUCGAUUACCUGGAUGGCGUGGAUGGCGGAGGAUAUUUUAACGAGGACCCGGAGCUGGCAGCCAUCAAGGCCCGGGUGCUGGAGCUGGAGAUGGAAGAAGAGGCUGAGAGGAUGAGAGAGGAGGAGCACUGCGAGUCCGCAGAGAUGCAGCUGCUUUCCGGCAGCCCCCAGCCCGGGCUCUUCUACAACAUGACCCACGAGGAGAGGAUCGACGCGGACAACCGGUCCGUCUACGUAGGAAAUGUGGACUAUGGCGCAACAGCAGACGAGCUGGAGAUCCACUUCAAUGGCUGUGGGCCUGUCAAUAGGGUCACCAUACUAUGCGACCGCUUCUCUGGACACCCAAAGGGCUUUGCCUACAUCGAGUUCUCAGACAGAGAUUCGGUGCAGAGCGCCAUCGGUCUGGACGAGACUCUGUUCCGGGGCAGGGUGCUCAAGGUGAUGCCCAAACGGACCAACAUGCCAGGUAUAAGCACCACAGACCGCGGCGGGCCCCGUGGUGGUGGUCGCUCCAGAGGACGCGGGCCCCGCCCCCCGCGCUACCACAACGGCUUCCAGGGUCGCUUCCGCUACCAGUCGGCCCGGCCCCCCCACCCUGUGCCCCACCCUUACUAUGGAGGCCCCCCCGCAGGGAAGCGGCUGUGGGGACCCCCGGAGUACCGUGAACAAACCUCCAAACGCUACCCUUGCCUCCUCCUUAUCACCCCGCCAUCGGAGGAGGGUGGCCCAGGGCCAAGCGGCCACCACUACCCCCAGCAGCGCUAGCAUUAGAUUUAUAGGUGCUAGGGUUAGCAUUAGUGCUACUUUGGGGCUACUGUGGCGGGAAGUCGCAGAAAUGUGGAGCAUUCAAAAACUUCAGUGACUUUUUUUUUUGUUUUUUAUGAACUGUCUUCAUUCCAGUGGUGGCCGGGUUACAGGAGGUCUUGCGUCAUGAGGGGCGGAACGCACAGAUAAAAUGUGGGGUUAAUCAUUCAUUCCCACCCCACCUACUGGACAAGUGACCACAGGGGUCAUGUUGACCUUUUUAAUGUCCUGUGCCGUAGGCCCGAGGAAGGGAACCCAUGGGCUUGGGGUCCGUCUGGUGGCUGGCUACGGGACGGUGAGCCAGACCAAUCUGUUCCAUAGUGCUAACCUUCAGCUUUGUGUUUUACUCUCGGCACUAUGCAUGAUGCAAGCACCUAGCGAGGGCCUGGCUCUGCCAUGUCAGUCAGGACGUCCUCUGCAGUGGUUUUGAGUUGCAAGCAUGUCGAUGGCUGCAACCGCAAGCGCAUGUGACAAUCACGGCGCCAUUUCGUGUCUUUUUACGUUUGCUGCGAAUGUAUUGUUGACCGUGUUGUAAUUUAUAUUGUAUAUAAUUUUCUCAUGUGUUUAUAAUUUACCAGAUUACGUUUCAUAAGUGAAAAUCAUAAAUAAAAAUAAUCUAUUUAUCUUGA